UGUAGCUGGGCCUGCGGGAGACGGACGGGAGGGGCCCGGGCCGGGUGUGGGAGAGAAAGAGGACAUUGUGUCCCCCACCCUCAACUCCCCGAGGUGUCAUGGCACAAGCCCAUUUCCCUCACCAUCUCCCCGGACACAGUGCCCGCACCCCUCACUGCCUGAGAGAUGUAGAAGGUUGGACAUCGCUGCUUUUUUCCUCCCCUUGCAUGUCCCCAGACUAGGGUCAGGUCUUCCUUAAAACCCAGUUCUCUCUUUGGGAGAUACGCGCGGAGGAGGUCGGAGGGUUGGGUGAAUUUUCUGUCCUUCCCGCUACUAGAAGAGGUGCGGGUAGAAAGGAGUGUUGCCCUGUCUGUGUACACUUCUGUGAGGGUUCAGGGUCUCCCUUACCUUCCGAGUGUCCUCGGUUUCCCCAGCGGGUAAGACUGACAUCUCUAUAUCCCACUGCACCCCCCAGCCCCUUUCCCGCCCUCCUUCUCCCAUCUUUUCCGUAGCAUGCCAUGUGUUCGCUUUUUCAGCUUUGCUUUUCUUAGGUCUCUGCUCCUUCCCUGGAUUUUGUUAGGGAAGAGGUCACGGUGUGAUUCCUGUUUUCCUUCAAACUGGGGCUGGUAGGAGUGUCACUUGCUCCUUUACUCAGGAAGUUAAGGACAGUGUCUUCAGCUGAAUUGUGUCAUUUACUGCUACAAGAAGAAGAAGAGGGAAAGAGCCUAAAAAAUGGGAUCUAUUCACAGGGCUAAGAACCAGGGGACCCUUUGACCUGGUAGAAAAAGAAGUAGAGUUGAAAUUUCUUUUGGGGAGGGAAGAUCGUUUUGUCAUUGCUUUGAAGGGAGGAGGAUAUAAGAAAUGAAAUAACAGGGCAGGAAGUUAGUGGGCCACAGGCAUACAGGUGGCCACUGUAUUCAGCUUUCUGGGUGGUGGAUGGUGAUUUUUUUUUUCUCUGUUUUUUAUCAGGAUAGAAGUAAAGUAUCAGUUCUUAGUUUUAAUGUGGGGCUGGUACCUUCAAAAGCAUGCCGAAGGGUAGCCUCAGAAGAGAUGCUGCUUGGAAACAGGAUUUGGAAACUUUCUUUGGGUUUCCUGUCAGACUGUGUGGGGGCGGGUUUGCAAAUGUGUAGUUUUUCUUUCCUUUUGAAGCAAUUGAUAACCUGCGAUAUUUUGACACAAGCACAAAAUCAGGCCACAGGCUCUUUUCUGUCUCUGUUAUGCUUUCCCAUAACACUUUUUAUUUUGAAAUUAUAUUUGUGUUGGUUGAUACUCUUCUUAAAUCUCCUGUUUCAGUGAAUUUUGUUUUGUCAGUAUUUUGAAUUAGGUGUACUUCAAAAAUAAGAUUAGGUGUAAAGUGUUGAGAAUCAUACAGUGCCUGCCACAUGGUAGGCAUUCUGUAUUUGGUGAAUGAAUUUAAGGAUCACAAAGACGUGUCUCGGUAUUAUAUAUCUUCAGUCCUUUUGAUAGGUAGUUUAUAUUAGCAUGUUGCGUUUCACUUCCAGUACAUGAAAUAGUAGUUCUUAACCUUCUCUAGACCACUGACACCUUUGAGAAUAUGAUAAAGCAUAUGAACUCUCUCUCCAGAAAAAAACCAAUAGGCAUAUAUGCACAAAAUUUUGCAUUUAGGUUCAGAGACCCUCUGAAGCCAACCAUGGAUCCCUGUCUUAAAAGUAAACUGAAAUCUCUCAGUGUUAUUCAGUUCCAUAUUAAAAUUGUUCAGAAGCCUUUGUUCACUUUCUAAACUUUUUAGGAGGCUUUAAAAGUGACGUUGUCUACUCUUACAGACUAAACUUUGGGUCUUUGGAAUGAGGUUUAAGAGUGAUCAUUAUUACAGUUUUAUGGGGAAAGCAUUGUCAUUAAUAACUAUUACCAGUCAGUUUUAAACUAACACAUUGAUGACUUUCAUGUGAAAUAAGAUUGUUCUAGUCUCUUUUGGCAGCUUAAAAUCAUAAUCAUGACCAACUUACUGAUUUUUUUUGUACAAACUACUUCAUAGCAAUAUGAUCAGUGCUUGAAAAUGUUCACAAAUCAAACUAUUUGUUUUUCCUAUUUUCUUCCAAGCUUGUUCAUCAUACACAUGUUUUUCAUGUAGUUAAUGGUUGUCGUAUCAGUAUUCAGUAUUAAUUUCACAAGUACUUACUGAAUGCUUACUAUGUGAACAAAACAGCCCUUGUCGUCAUAGAAGUGUAUAUUCUAAUCAGGAGAGCAGACCAUAACCAAAUCAGUAUAGAACACAUCAAGCAGUAAGUGCUAUGAAGAAGAGUAAAGCAGGGUGAGGGGAUAGAAACAGUGGCAGGGAACGGUAGCCAGGGAAGACCUGAGACUAGAGCAGAGACCUGAAGGAAAUGAGGGAUGUGUGCUGUCUUGGGAAGGAAGGUUACAGACUGUAAAUGCAAGGACCCCUGAGUGUCCUUGGCCCUUUUGAAGUAUAGCUAGGCCAGAGUGGUUGGAGGGCAGUAAACAAGAGGGAAAGUGAGAGGAGCUGAGCCAGAGAAGUGGCUGGGGCGAUGGUCAGAACUUUGAGAAGUGGCUGGGGCAAUGGUCAGAACUUUGCGUUUUAUGUUGAAUGAGAUGGGAAACCUUUGGAAGGUUUUGAGUGGAAGAGACAGCUGCUGUGGCUUGAGUUUGUGAGCAUCAUUCUGGCUACUGUGUGGAAAAUCAGUUUGGGGCUGGAGUAUGGGUAGAAGCAGGAAGACCAGUUAAGAGAUUAAUAGUUCUCAUGUUUAACACUUUACACUGGUUACAAAAUAGCCCAUCUUCCUGCUGUUUUUAGGUAGUUUUUGCCUCUCCUCCCCCCAUUUAAAAUAACAAUGAAAUGAAUACUUUUGUAUAUGUAACAUUUUUUUUCUUUAGGAAUAUUUCUUUGGGAUUGAGUUCCAGAAAUGGGACUACUGGAUUAAAGUAUAUGAAUAUGCUUGUCUUCCUGAUGUAUCUCUGAAUUGCUUUCAAAGGGUAGCUUGUACCAGUUAAAGUGACAGCCACAGUUGUCGAGCAUCUGUUUCAUGGUAAUGUCACUUGCCUUGGGUAUUAAUAUUUUACACUUAAACGUAAUUUGUAUUAUAAAAAGAAAUCUUUUAGAUUGUUAGCUUGAAUUUUCAAUAGCUCACAUUUAGAGUUUAUUGUGUUAGCCCACCUAUCUCUUCAGCAUAUAACAACAGGGUACUAAUUGUGGGGGAUACAGAAAUGAAUAAAACGGGGUGUCUGCCCUCAGGGGGCUUUACAUUCUGUUGUAAUUUGUAAUCUAAUAGUUAAAUAACACUAGAUUUUGCCAAUGUUUAUUGUUACCCAAGAACUUAGUUAAUAUGUGGUUCAUGAUCAUUUACAUAAAAUAGACAUUCCAGUCAGCCACCCAGUUUUUCAUAUCGAUAAUUUUUUUUCCUACAAAGAAACUUUUUAAUGGUAUUUGUAACUUGCUUAAUUUCUGUUCUGCAUGUCUCCUUGAUGGCCUGUGUAUUGUUUUUUGCAGUAAAUUAUGCAACUAAUACUUAGGAAUCUCACAGUCGAAUUUUUAAGUUGUUGUAAUUCUUCAUAGUUAUUCAGAACACAGGGCCUAUUGUUACUGUUAAAUAAGGUCAGCAUUGCAUCUCCGAAAUUUUAUUUAUUUCAAAGGGGAGGAUGAUACCAGUCUGUUUUGAUAGAAAAUUACACCAUUGUGAGGGCUUUACUCAGCAUUUCUGGUUCUGAAAUCUAGAUGGCUUGAUUUGGCAUGAGCAGGGAGCUUCAUCAUCUAUAAAGUGAGUGGGCUGAACUAAUUGAGUUCCCUGAAAGAGCCUACCACUGUGUCUGGCAUGUGUUAGGGACCCAGCACAUGUUCACUGAAUCUCAUAUAACCUCUAAGCUACCACUUCUAAAAUUCUCUUACUUUAGAUGUUCAUUAAAAACAACUCAUACAAAGUUGUAUCUUAGUGUUGUGGUUUGAAAUUGUGAACAUGAACUUAUUACCUCCUAAUGUUCAUUUUCAAAUCAACCUUCAAUUUAAAAAAGCUAUGGCAUAUUUCCAAGUAUUUUGUGGUCAUUCUAGUGUCAUAUAUUGCUGUAUGACUUAAUGCCAAAUUCACCUUGUGGAGAAGAUUAGUGUUAAACGUAUUUAAGCUUUCACAUGUUAAUGAGACAGGUAAGGCAUCAUUUUUUUUUUCCUUUUUUAAUGCAUGAAAUUUGGGAAUUGCAAGCAGUAGUUUUUAUGUACUUUUCAGAAAGCUGUUCAUAUACAAAUGUAAUAUUGGCCCAUUCACAUUUUGAAUUUUUGCAGUAGUGCUUAUGGGUUGAAGCCCUGGUGGCACAGUGGUUAAGAGCUCAGCUGCUAACCAAAAGGUCAGCAGUUCACAUCCAGCAGCACUCCUUGGAAACUCUAUGGGGCAGUUCUGCUCUGUCCUGUAGGGUUGCUGUCAGUCGGAAUCGACUCAACAGGGACGAGUUUGGUUUGGUUCGGGCUAUAGGUCUGCACCGAGUGAUUCACACGCCUUGUCUCUGUCCCCUUGGCACACAGUUUUGAGAUGACGGGCUAAGAGUGCAGUUUGUUUCAAAGUUAAGUGAUCUGGAUGAGUAUUGAACCUAUAAGCUUAGCUUUAUUCAUUAUCAUGAUGUUCUGAUCAACAGAUAUCUAUGCCAUGCUCUCAUUUCCGCUUAAAAAUAGGCCUUUUAGAGCUAGAAGAUACACACACCCCAAUAAAAAAGGAAAUUGUGCAUGAUUAUUAAGGUGGAGUUGAAACAGGAAAGAAUGCUUUUGUAAGUGGCCUAAAAAUAAUCCUUUUAAUAUAAUUUUUAGAAGUACAUGAUAUAUACGUGGAAGAUUAAAUAUGUUCUAUGAAAUUAACUUCAACCAUUAAACAAGUAAAUGGCUUGCUCCCCCCCCCCACACCUUUUUUUUAGCAGUAAUAACAUGCAUAAUAAAUUUAGGUUAGGUAAAUCUGAGAGAAAAUUUCUUUAUAAAUCACUCCCAUUUCCCCAGUGUUUCCUAUGUCUAGCCUAUUUCGUUCACAUUGGUAGGGAGUAGUUCAAAAUGUGGAAUGGUAAGGUUAACCAAAUGGUAAAUUAAAUAUGUAAUCCUAUGUUUGGUUUCAGGUUAUAUUUAAAUUAGGCCAUAUUUCAUAAGAAUGGGAAUAUACUAAACUACACAUUAUAACUGAUAAAAGACCAUGGUUGGAUUAAUUAAAACUUGAAGCGCCUUCCUUUGAAUUCUCAAGUAUAUACCUCAAUAGUUUAUAACAUAUUACUCAUUCAUGGCUUUUUGGAAUGCUGUGUUAAAACCAUUUAUUCUGGUUGUAAAAGUAAUUUUGCUCAGGAUAGAAUUGUGAUAUAGCUAUCGAGGACAAAACUGUAAGGUAAGAGAAACACAAAGAACUGAGUACAACUGUUCUUUGGACAAAUCCCAAAUGCAGUUUGUAAAAUGUAAGUUAGUAGGAAAUUCUCUCUUACUGUAGACUGAGCGUUUCAGACCUGUCAGAUGUGUAAUCCAGAGAGUAAAUUUGUUCACUGUAUUUUCUGUGAUAUUUUUAAAUUCAUCUAUAAAUAGGAUCAUUCUGUUCUAGACUAGUUGGCUGUAUUAUAUAGAACAUUAAGCAAGCAACCACUAACUUAAUUAUUUUAGCAGUUGAAAUUUAACACUGAUCUUUGAAUUUUAUGUAGUUUUUAAUAUCUAGUCUGAAUGUAUUGACACCUUUUGAACUACCUGUUAAAUCCCAUCUCCUGUUUGUGAAGAUGUUGCAUAAUUUCAUUACGAGGUUUCGGAUUCAGUCAGUGAGCGAGAGUAUUGCAGCAAUCCAUUAUUAAGCUCCUGGGUAGACACUGAGAUGUAAAGGUGUAGUUUCUGCUGUACGGGAUUUUAUUCCAGUAAUCGAUUUUAUCUUUGCCAGAGUCUGACAUAUGUUUUAUAAUUAAAUGUUGUGUUUUCAUAGUAGGGUAAAAAUAGAAUGAUGUUCAUUUUCUAAGUAAAAUCAAUGUGAAUAUUUAAAAUUCUUGGUUGUUCAGCAGCUAUUUCUGUGAUUUUAUUUUCUAACAGCGUUUUAGAAUUAGAGCAAACUCUGUAGUUUCUCAGUUGUUUAGAAUGUAGUAAAAUAAACAGUGUUUGCUCUACUACCUAUUUUACUUCAGUUUAAGAUUUUUAAUAAAUUGUUUUUCUGCGUACAUGCCACAUUGUAGGGAAGUUGCUUCCCUGUUCAGUUAGCGAUUUUAAUUCUAUGUUUAAUAUGAGAUGUUUUUGUGUGGAACAGCUUGUUAAUUUUGUUUUUUCCCCAUGCUGAUUGAAAUCACCCCGCACCAUUGAAGUUAACUGUCGCCCAGGAUAGAAAUGUGCAUGUAGACAAAAUGCAUUAAUGUGCACUUUUAGUGAGUGUUGGUAGCACCACCUCCCCAUGCCCAUGACCUAACUGCGUGGUGCUUAUAAGGCAACAACAGUAUAUUUAGUUUGCAAAACACAGAAUUUUUUUUUUUCUGGUUUUUCCAUUUUGCAUGUUUCAAUUUGAGAUUAAUUGAACAUUUAUUUUUCUUAGUGGAUGUAUAUAAUAAAACAGUUCAUUUAAGUGUGAUGCUUUCUGUUGCAGUGUUGGCUAACUGUUAGAUACUGAGCCUUGUGCAGUUCCAUGACUACUGUAAGUUUCAGGUGACAUUCUUUGCACAGUCCAGAAGUAAAUGUGAACGUAAUAGAAGCUGGAAACGAAACAAGCCUGGUGUUCCCUUUGCACUGGGAAAUGUACUUUCUACCCCAAGUGAUAUACUCUUGUUAGGUUCAGGAUCAUUUUCAGUGGUUAUAACUGCUUAAACAUUUUUUUUUCCUCUGUUUCAGUAAUUCAUGUUCCAUGUGGCAAGUUUCAAAAAUAACACAAGUGUAAAGAAGAAGUUGAAAAUCACCCAUAAUCCCACCACCCAGAAAUAAUCACUACUAACAUUUUAAUGUACAUUUUUCCAUUUCUUUCCUUGCAUGUACAGAGAUUUUUUGUUUUUAGAAAGUCGGAAUUUUAUAUACUGUUUUGACCUUACUUUUUCCUCUGAACAGGAUGUUGGUCUCCUGGUGUGGGACUUUGAGGUUGAUGCUUAGAGUAUUACUAGUAUUUUAAGUAACAGUGGGGCAGACAUUCUUGUGCAUUAUCUUUGAUUGCAUCUCUUUUUGUUUGUUUGUUUUUUGUUUUUUGUUUUUCUUCUUUUAGGAUAGAUUGCCAGAAGUGGGAUAACUGGAUCAGAGGGUGGUUACCCUGUGUGUAAGAGUGUGUGUCUCACUGCACCUUCAAUGGCAUUGAGUAGCCUGAUUGUUUGCAGUUCACACUGGAGUGGUGGGGGACACAGAAGGAAAAGGAGGUUUACCAUCACAAGAAUACCUUACUAUCAACACAGAAGAAUAGAGCAAAAGGAAUUAUGCAGCGCAGAUAUGACUUAUAAAAAAGUGUUCCUGAUCGAUUGUCAGUAUUUAAACAGACCACAUCAUGCGUGAGUACAAGCUAGUGGUCCUUGGUUCAGGAGGCGUGGGGAAGUCUGCUCUGACAGUUCAAUUUGUUCAGGGAAUUUUUGUUGAAAAAUAUGACCCAACGAUAGAAGAUUCUUACAGAAAGCAAGUUGAAGUAGAUUGCCAACAGUGUAUGCUCGAAAUCCUGGAUACGGCAGGGACAGAGCAAUUUACAGCAAUGAGGGAUUUGUAUAUGAAGAAUGGCCAAGGGUUUGCACUAGUAUAUUCUAUUACAGCUCAGUCUACAUUUAAUGACUUACAAGACCUGAGGGAACAGAUUUUACGGGUUAAAGACACAGAAGAUGUUCCAAUGAUUUUGGUUGGCAAUAAAUGUGACCUGGAAGAUGAGCGAGUAGUUGGCAAAGAACAGGGUCAGAAUUUAGCAAGACAGUGGUGUAACUGUGCCUUUUUAGAAUCUUCUGCAAAGUCAAAGAUCAACGUUAAUGAGAUAUUUUAUGACCUGGUCAGACAGAUAAAUAGAAAAACACCAGUGGAAAAGAAGAAGCCGAAAAAGAAAUCAUGUCUGCUGCUCUAGACCACAGUACGCAGCAGCUCUGAGCCAGAUUACAGGAAUGAAGAACUGUUGCCUAAUUGGAAAGUGCCAGCAUUCCAGACUUCAAAAAAUCAAUCUGAAGAGGCUUCUCCUGUUUUAUAUAUUAUGUGAAGAAUUUAGAUCUUAUAUUGGUUUGCACAAGUUCCCUGGAGAAAAAAUUGCUCUGUGUAUAUCUCUUGGAAAAUAAGACAAUAGUAUUUCUCCUUUGCAAUAGCAGUUAUAACAGAUGUGAAAAUAAAUAUACUUGACUCUAAUAUGAUUAUACAAAAGAGCAUGGAUGCAUUUCAAAUGUUAGAUAUUGCUACUAUAAUCAGAUGAUUUCAUAUUGACCUUUUUAUCAUGAUUCCUCCCUGUCAAGCACUAAAAAGUCAAACCAUUAUACUUUAUAUCUGUAAUGAUAUAGAUUAUGAAAUUUCCCCUCAAACUCAUUGCAGCGGAUAACUUUUUUGAGUCAUUGACUUCAUUUUAUAUUUAAAAAAAAUUAUGAAUAUCAUUCUGUCAUAUUCUAAUUAAAAUUGUGCAUAAUGCUUUGGAAAAAUGGGUCUUUUAUAGGAAAAAAACUGGGAUAACUGAUUUCUAUGGCUUUCAAAGCUGAAAUAUAUAAUAUACUAAACCAACUCUAAUAUUGCUUCUUGUGUUUUACUGUCAGAUUAAAUUACAGCUUUUAUGGAUGAUUAAAUUUUAGUACAUUUUCA